UUUUUCAACCUUGUCUAUGGCACUUGGCACAAGUGCCCGAGUGAAGUUCAGUUUUGACAGUUGUAUUAGUGGUCAUCUUAUAUUUUUUACCUCCUUGCAUUUUGAUACAAAAUAUUUAUUUAUUCGCAAAGUGGUAUUACGUGAACAAGAUGAAAAUAAGGGCCCACGCAUUUCGAGAACGGUGGAAUGCGACCCGCUAGCUCAAACUGAUAUGUCCACAACAAGAAGCGCCGUGAACGCAAUCCGCGCCCGCCGGGGCCACAAGGAGCGCUCCAAGAACUUCACCGAGCUGGAGAAGAGGACGGUGCUGGAGCUGAUCGCGCGCCACCGCGACGUGCUGCGGCAGGGCCGGUCCAACAACGCCACCAAUCGGAGCAAACAGCUGGUGUGGUCCACGAUAUGCGAGGAGGUAAACAAGCGCUGUGGCGGCGAACGACCUCGCACUCCUGCGCAGGUCAAAAUGUGGUACGAGAACUAUAAGAAGAAGUGCAAGAUGCGCGCCCACGACUCGCAGCCACCUCAACCCGACGCGCCUGGCUUACUGGACGGCAUGCUGUGGCAGAACAUUCACCCGUUAGAAGUUAAAGAUGACGACGAAGCAGCCACCAGUGAGCAGGGCGCGCACAGCGUUAAAGACGAUGACCUACCCGUUAACAUGACCAACGGCCGACUCUCAAGCACGAACGACAGUGACGACACGACCCCCAACCCCCUCGAGCCGCACGUCACCAUCAUCCCCCACUCCCCCUCCCCCAAGCUCCCCCAUCCCCUCACCAUCCCCCUCCUAAACCCCAUCGCCAUGGAGCAAGCGCGGUUGCAGCAAGAUUUCCUGUUAAAGUUGAAUGAAUUAUCGAAUACGCCGCUCAAUUUGAGCCAUUUGGAGGGGAGGAAUGGGGAUGUUAAGGAUAAGGAGGAGAAAGAGGGGGGGAAUGCUACGGAGGAAGAGAGAUUAUAUUUCACCGCGAAACGUCAGCAUGCCAUAUGGGAGCACGAAGCCAAAAUGAAGAUACUCAACAUGGAGCUCAAACAGAAGGAGGAAAUCUUUUCACUGCAAAAGCAACUCUUUCUCAUAGAGCUAAGGUUGAAAAUGGAUUUCCUUGAAAAGGCCAGUGGUAAAUAAAAGCCUGAGCAUGCUGUCACUGAAAUUUGUUGACAUAAUAUUUGAAUUGAACCCUUUCACUGCCAAAGACGUGUAUAGACGCGCACGGUUACAGUGUAAUAUGAACCUUCGGGCAUUGCGAUAAGGUUCACGAUGGCGUGCGUAUGUACUAUAGGUCUGGUGUUCAAAGGGUUGAAAUACUUUUGACCGCCACUGUCUUCUAUACGUGACAAUGAACAUUUUAAAAUGCAACUUAACGUAUUGUUAUAAAGAAUUAAUUUGCAUGUUGAUAUAGGCGGUUUAUAGGUUAUUUUUCUAAUGAGUUUUAAUGCUAAUAGCAUUGAUUCCUAAGGCCCCCAGCCAUACAAAUGAAAAAUCCAAAAUAUUAUAAAUUUGAACCUAUAGUAUAGGAAAUAGAGUUGAUUUUGCGUUAUUAGAAAAUUGAACGAAACAAAGCAAAAGCGACUCUGUUCCAAUUGAAUAAGAUUUAAAUUUCAUCGAAGUGAAGAGGUACUAUAGGUAGGACCUUGGGCCUUAGGAGGAUAAAGAAGUCAAACAAGUGACGGCUUGCAAGGGUUCAAAAGUAUUUGAGAUUUGUCAUCAAUGGCUUAUAGCUAUGACACAUGCGCCGCUGUCCAUAAAAUGAUCAAUUGGCAUUAUAAUUUAUAGAGUUAGAUCAAGAAAACUGUAGCGAUUUUGAUAGCAUGUGCAGUGCAAGUGUUAUUUUAAACGUCAAACUUCUAUGAAAUUAUGACGUAUAAAUAACACGUGCAUUGCGUUGCUACUAAAAUCGCUGCACACUUUUCUUGGUCUAACUCGAAUGUUUAAGAACUCAUAGAAUCGAAAAUGUGGUCCGAUUAAGGUCCCAUAUUGAAUUUAAUGAUUAUUUCUAUAUGAAAACCAGGAAAAAAUAGACCUAGAUCAACCGGGUUAUAAAAAAAUAUUUUUAUAGCAAAAAAAGUUAUGUCGUUCGACGCAUAUGUCUACUAGCUACUCAUAAUGGCGUAACGCAAUUUUUUUUUAUUAUAGCAAUGCAAUCUAGUUAUAAUGUGCCAUUUUCUCAUAAGUUACAUAUAUGAAAGGCAUAUGGCUGAGGUGAAACACUUUUUCUUUAUUCGCUUCAGUCAUUUUAAAGUGAUAUUGUCAUAUUCGUUUUUUAACUUAAUGUGCAAUAAUUUUACUAUUGACAGCAAUAAUGUAUAAUUUGUCUGUUAAAGGAAAGUUAGGUAUAUGAGGUGGUAAUAUUCGGUGCGGUUUGUAUAUUAACAGUAUUUUUUUUUAAAUACUAUAGCAAUUCGAAAGCUAGACAUUGAAAGUGUUAAUUAUAUUUCGCUUAAUGACAUUUUAUUUUUAAAAUUUGUCCAUACGCUUUAGCUGAAAAAAGGCAAAAACAUGUCAUAUAAGUUGUGAUACACAGCUUAUGGUGUUAUUUAAAAUUACAGUUCAAAAUACAAUAAGUAUUACUUAUUCAAACAAAUACGCACUGAAUGGGUAAAAAAUGUGAUCAAAAAUAUCGUUAUUAUUUUUUAUAGCAUAUUAUCGCAUAGCGUUUUAUUUUGUAUCGAUUUUACUUUUUAGCAUAGACGUAUAAUGUGCUUAAGCAACCAUUUUUCGCCAUAAUGUUGAUUUUUAUAGUAUUAUAUUUUAUAUGUUUUUUAGGCAGCUUCGAUGAAAUCGUAUAUUUAAAAAAAAUGAGAAACUGCCAAAUAAUAUAGCGGAUUUGUUACUUUUUAGUACUUAGAAAUGUUAAGUUUUCAAUAGAUUAUACAGCCCGUCUAAAAUAUCGACAGUUGUAAAAAAAAAUUAUGGAACAAAAAAACGGCUAAAACAAUUUUUUUCUAUAAGAAUAUAGACUAUAUUUAAGGACUUAAGAACACAAUUAUAACCUAAAAAAAUUUAAUGAAAAUAAUAACUACAUAUAAGUAUCAAAAAGUUUUUACCUGUUGAUGUUUAAAAUGGGUCUUCGUACUUUUGACAAAAACGACGUGAAUAAACCUAGUCCGAUAACAGUUAUGUGAAGUAGUUAUUAUAAGAAAGUAUUUAUUAUGAAUAAGUACUGUAAAUGUUAGGGAAAUUGGCUUGUAUUAUUGGUAAUUACGAAAACAGCCAUUUUAUUGGCAUCGAAGGUUAGGGCAUUUUAACUAGGUUUUGGUUAAUUUUUGAGUGCCAAGCGUCUAUCACAACACAAGUUAUAAACUUAUAAAUACAUCAAAAGUAACCUAGUUUCUACGUAUGUUCAAUUAUAACAGUUAUUUAUAAUACAAAUGCGAAAAAUUGGAAAUUUGCAACGAGUGGCGAGUUUUAAAACAUUACAUAUAGCCCUUUAAAUUUUCGACGUAGUUACUUAAUGUGCUUAUUAUAGCACAGGGUGUCGUAAUGGAGCACCAGAUGUACUGAAAAAACAAUUUUUUUAGGAAUACGCGAAAUGCAUAGAAAUGGCUAAAAUAGAGAUACACAGAUGUUCGAACGUCAAAAAUGACGUCUGCGAAGGCGUGUUUCCAUCAACGUGAUGUGACGUCCCUGGCGCUCAAAAGCUAAGAAAUGCGUUUGAUUUAUAUAUCCAUAGAUAUAGCUAUUCGUAACGCAAUAGUGCGGUUCAACAUUUUAACUACUUCAAAUAACUAGCACCUGAAGUCCGAUUUCGAUAUAAUUUUUCAGUUGUGUUUUUUUUGGGUGAAGGGUGCUGCAGUCAGAAAAUGUGCCAACACAGAAAAUUGUUGAUAUAUAAGAAAAAGUAGUUAUUACAUAAAUAAGUACAUUGUGGGUCUUUAUGUAGGUAACCAACGCUUUAAAAGUAUUCAAUGUCUAAUGUCACAUAUAUAUGACAUAAGUGUUGGAUUGUACCCCUAAAGACCUUUUGGCGUUUCACAAUAUGGGGCAUUUUCUAUGAAAAGGGACCUUAUUGUCGAUGGCGCUUACGCCGCACAGCGCCUCGCGGCAUUGUAUUUAUAUCGGAGCAUCGUUUAUAAUGGCGUAAGCGCCAUCGACAAUAAGGUCCCUUUUUAUAGAAAAUACCACAUAUGUGCAAACUAUUUAUUAUAGAAGCAAAAUACGUAAUAACGUAGUAAAAUGUAUUAUGUAAUGUACAGUAUGAUAUUAUUUUUUUGUAGUUACUAUUAAAGUUAGAACGAAAUAAAUUUACAGUACAAAAAAGUAAUUUUCAAUAAAAAGAUACCUCAUGUUAACAGUGUAUUGUAUUGAUAAAAAUAGUUGAAUAGUUGUAAAAAAUGAAAUUUUAGAUCCAUUUAUGAUGGGGGCGACCUACACCUACCAUUUAUCAGUUAUAUUUUUAUUUUGAUAAUGUUAUAUGUCAAAAAGGGUUGUCAUAACCUGAAUAAUUCAUAAUAAUAGACUAACAAUUUUGUUCACCAUCAAGACAAAUUUAUUUUUGCGGUGGGAAGGAAUCAUUUCUUGAUAUUAAAAACACGCAGUUGUUUAUUUCUUAUCCGCAAAUAUAAAAUUGUCGUGCUCAUUGAAUACCAUAGAUAAUAAACGUUGCUCAAACCCUGGCAACCCUUUAAAAUGUAUUAGAACGUUUCAUAGCAAUAAUUUGGCAUCAGUUACUAUAUGAUGUUAUAAAGUAAGAUCUCAGUACAGUAAAUAUUUUAAAAUGUCAAUAAAAGUUACCAUUAUAUUUAAAACAACAAAUUAAAUAGUUAUUUACGAUACAAGUGCCGAAAAGAGGAAAUUCGAAACGAGUGGCGAUAAAUUAAAACACGACCGCAGGGAGUGUUUUAAAUCGACACGAGUUGCGAAUUACCUAUUCGCACGUGUAUCGUACAACGUUUUACAGUACAUAUGGCCCUUUAAACUUUCGACAUAUGCACGAAAAGUGCUAUUUGACGCACUAGUGCGAGAAAGUAGCACCAUAUGUACAGUAAUAUAUAUUUUAAUUGUAAAAAAUUUAGUUGGAUGCAUAUUUUUUGGUUCGUCUUCCCAAAUACUCUACUUACUAACGAACUAAAUAUAUUUAAAGGAAACAGAGUACCUUAGCUGACCGUUUUGUUUUAGUUUUUAAUGUCAAUUUUUUAUUUAUUUAUGAUUAUGGUGACUUUUGACGACAUACCUAAUCCAUUUCAGUGUUAAUUGCAAGUAUUGAAUUUUUUUGUAAUAUUCUAGUUGUUUUAAACAAUCUGACAAUUCGAUAUUAUUGAAAUUAAUAAAGAAUUUAUUUUCUGUU